AUGGGAGACUAUACCAGGGAGGAAGACGUCAUCGCCAUGGACUGUGAGAUGGUAGGAGUGGGACCUCUUCAGGAAAGCGGGCUGGCUCGGUGCAGUCUCGUGAACUAUCAUGGCUUGGUGGUGUAUGACAAAUACAUCAAGCCAGAAGGGGAGAUCACAGAUUAUCGUUCCCAUGUAAGUGGGAUACAACCCAGCCACAUGCUGAUAGCCAUACCUUUUGCAAGAGCCAAAGAAGAGAUCUUGGAGAUCCUCCGAGGCAAGCUGGUGGUAGGCCAUGACCUCCGGUAUGACUUUAAGGCACUGAAAGAAGACAUGACAAGAUACAAGAUCUAUGAUACCUCCCAAGACAGGCUGCUUUGGGCAGAGGGAGGUCUGGCCGGCUGCCGGAGGGUAUCCCUCAAGGUUCUGUGUGAGAGGAUCCUUAAGCAAAGAAUUCAGAACAGCAGUUUUGGACACUCCUCUGUGGAAGAUGCUAGAGCUACUAUGGAACUUUAUAAAAGAUCCAGAAUAAUAAGGGCCCGCUAAAAAGAGGAGAAUGUGGGGGAAGAUGGCCUUAACACAGCUGUCUUGCUGUUCAAAAGUCGAUCCCAAGAAGAUAGAUGGAAGCCACAAACUUUCAGGGAAAUCUUCUUUCUUUUAAAAACAGCAUCUCCCAAAGCCUUUUAGUUUCUUGCUUGUUUUAUGAUAAUAAAAUUGAUCUCUAUUUUCUCUA